CGUCCAGCAGCUGCUCGGCCGGCGAUUGGCUAAAGCGCGCGGGAGAGGACGGUUCUUUGGAACGUUGGCUCCGUUUUCGCUUCCCAGCGGGGGCCUUGCGAUGGCGCUACCCCGGUUGUUGUUUCUUUGGGCGACGGUGGCGGCAGUUGCUGCUGCAUCCCGGCCCCCGUGGGACUCGAUUGCCCGUUUGCAGCCGCGGACGGACGAUGCACGGCAAGCAGUGGCGGUGCGGGAGCUGCUGGAGCGGCUGCUGGGCCCGAGGGCUGCCUCCGCCUUCUCGGUGUCGGUCAACCGGUCUUUGGCCGGGCCCGGCGGGCUUGACACCUACCGGCUGAGCUCGAGGGCGCCGGGCGUUGUAAACGUAGCUGGAUCCAGCGGCGUGGCCGCCGCCUCGGGAAUCUACCAGUACCUAAAGGACUACUGCGGUUGCCAUGUCUCCUGGUCUGGGAAGCAGCUCCGACUGCCGGAUAGUCUGCCGCCGGUACCCACUGAGAUAAUCGUCACCAGCCCCAACAGGUUCCGCUUCUACCAAAAUGUCUGCACCCAGAGCUACUCCUACGUGUGGUGGAACUGGGACCGCUGGGAACAGGAGAUCGACUGGAUGGCGCUCCACGGCAUCAACAUGGCGCUGGCAUUCACCGGGCAGGAGGCCGUCUGGCAGCGGGUAUAUUUGUCCCUGGGCCUGAACCAGUCAGAAAUUGACGAGUAUUUCACUGGACCGGCAUUUCUGGCUUGGAACCGGAUGGGGAACUUGCACACCUGGGCAGGGCCACUGCCCCUCUCGUGGCAACUGAAGCAGCUCUACUUGCAGUACAGGAUCCUGGAGAGAAUGCGGAGCCUGGGGAUGCUGACAGUGCUGCCUGCCUUCUCAGGAUAUGUCCCUCGCGGCAUCUUAAGGGUUUUCCCCCGGGCCAACGCCACACGAAUGGGGAGCUGGAGUCACUUUGAUUGCACCUACUCCUGCUCCUACCUCCUGUCGCCCGAAGACCCCAUGUUCCAGGUCAUCGGGACCCUCUUCCUGAAAGAACUGACCAGGGAGUUUGGUACGGAUCACGUGUAUAGCGCCGACACCUUCAACGAGAUGCGUCCACUCUCAUCGGAUCCCGCCUACCUGUCCCAGGUCAGCGCAGCUGUCUUCCGCUCCAUGACGGGAGCUGACCCCCGUGCCGUAUGGCUGAUGCAAGGCUGGCUUUUCCAACACCAGCCCGACUUCUGGCAGCCGGCCCAAGUCCGCGCCCUCCUCCAGGGCGUGCCCCUUGGCAGGAUGGUGGUGCUGGACCUCUUUGCUGAAUCCAAGGCCGUCUACCCCUGGACAGAGUCCUUCUAUGGGCAGCCGUUUAUCUGGUGCAUGCUGCACAACUUUGGCGGCAACCACGGCCUUUUCGGCACGGCGGAGAGCGUCAACCGGGGCCCCUUUGCUGCCCGGGGCUUCCCCAACUCCACCAUGGUGGGCAUCGGCUUGACCCCCGAAGGCAUCGAGCAGAACGAUGUGAUGUACGAGCUCAUGACCGACCUGGGCUGGCGCAAGGAGCCCCUGGACCUCCGGCGGUGGGUGUCCGAUUACGCCACGCAACGCUACGGGGCCAGCAACGCCCAGGCCACCGCGGCCUGGCAGCUGCUUCUCCAGAGUGCCUACAAUUGCUCGGGGCCGUACACCAACCACAACCGCAGCCCGCUGGUGCACCGCCCUUCCUUCCGGAUGACCACGGAGCUCUGGUACAACGAGAGCGACGUCUACGAGGCCUGGCGGCUGCUGCAAAGCUCUGUCGACGUGCUCGGUGCCAGCAGCACCUUCUGUUAUGACCUGAUUGACGUGACGCGCCAGGCCAUGCAGCAGCUGGUGAGCCGCUACUACUUGGAAAUCAAGCAGGCUUUCCAGAGCCACAUGCUCUCCCGUCUGCUGACAGCGGGCGGCAUUCUGGUCUACGACCUCCUCCCGGAGCUGGACGGCCUCCUGUCGAGUGACAGGCGGUUUCUGCUCGGGCGGUGGCUGGAAGCCGCCCGCUUGUCGGCUACCAGCGACCAGGAGGCGGGCCUCUACGACCUGAAUGCACGCAACCAGCUGACGCUCUGGGGGCCCAACGGCAACAUCUUGGACUACGCCAACAAGCAGUUCGGAGGGCUGGUGCUGGACUAUUAUGGGGUGCGCUGGAGCCUGUUUGUGUCCACCCUGGUGGAGUGCCUCAACACCGGGACCCCUUUCCACCAGAGCCACUUCAACCAAGCCGUCUUCCAAGUGGAGAGGGGCUUUAUCUACAACGGGAAGCGGUACCCGGCCAAGGCCACGGGCAACACGCUGGACAUAGCCAGGAAGAUAUUUCUCAAGUAUUACCCUUCCGCAGUGCAGCACAACCGCUCGAGGGCUGUGUGAGAAGAGACUCGCUAUUGGCAGGCCCCUUCUCUGCUUGCUGUCAGUCCCAACCACUGCACUCGUCCCUUGUUGGGUGUUCUGUUCCAGAUCUGACUACUGAACAGCUUCUUCUUAAAUGCACAUUUUCCCAUUGUUCGAGUGGCACAGGAGCUGGUGGUGGUGGGAAUGGGAAUGACUUCUGGUCAGAAAGAGAGGUGACAGAGUUUAUAAAGCCUGCCUGGGUGCAGAGGCUAGUCAUGGUUGAGGGAUCAUUGUCAGGGACUCAGCACACGGUUCUCAGGGGGGGGGGGUGCACCUCUUGUUUUUCACAUGUUCCAGAGCUGGCUCAAAUUGAGCUCUAAAGGUUAGCACUGUGGUGGAGAUGGAUUCUACUGCCUUAAUUUGGGCACGGAAGCGCACAGUCACGAGGCUUUGCAACGCAGCUCCUUGCCAAAAGACCACCCGCAUAGCAGCCUUCUUCCCUCCACACAGGCAAGGGGUGGCUAACCUGUGGCUUGUAGGCCCCUCCCCCCCAGGGUUUUUUGUGUAGCCUCUGCAACUCCAACAUUUAUCAUUUUUUAAAAAAAAUCAUUUGAAAAUAUGAGGUGCCAUAAGAUUGGGGGGGGGGGCUUUCCAAGGCUCCCCAUUUAAAAAAACCACAAGAAACCUUUAAAAUAUAUUCUUUUUUUUACUAACUGCUCUCGUAGGUAUUCCAAAGUGAGAGAGGACAAAAUGUUUUAAGGCCCCUCUGAAGUCCCCUGCCCCAAUUUGUCUUAUUAUUCCCCCCAAAAAAAGAUAAUAAUUAAGUACCUCGACUUACGAACGACUCGACAACCGAAUUUUUCGACUUCGAAUGGGGGUAAUGGCCGCGCGCUUACGAAUGUCUCGACAUCCGGAAAAAACUGCGGCGGUUUUAGAUAGGGAUUUUUCGACUUACGAAUUUUUAGAUGGGGUUGCUUCGACUGACGAAUUUUUCCAUUUUCAAUGCAUUCCUAUGGGAAAUCGUGUUUCCAAUGGCGCUUUUCUACUUACGAAUUUUUCGAGUUACGAAGGUGCCUUCGGAAUGGAUUAAAUUCGUAAGUCGAGGCACCACUGUACACACACACACACACACACAUAUACACUGAUCACUCAUAUAGGUGCCCUGCUGCUGUGACUCUGUGAUGCCAAAAAGCGCUUUGUGGCCCCAUUAAAACUUCCCAAUGAGUCCAUUAAAAAUAAUAAUCAACUAUCCAAAACUGGUCACACCCACCUUGACAGGAGGACCCUGAAGUGGAUAGCCACCACUGCUGGAUCGUAUUCAGUUGUGGUCUGUGUUUUCUCCUGCUCACCCCCAAGCAGAAGUGCUACAGAAGAGAUUGCUCCAGCUGUCUUCCGCAAGCAAGCAUUUGAAGCAUUGAAGAGACCAGAUGAAGUGACAGGGAACCUGUAGGCCUCCAGACAUUGUUGGGACUCCCAACUCCCAGCACCCCUGACUAUUCCUGAAGAGCCACAGAUUCCUUGCAGUUGGGCUAGACUCGCUAGAGGAUCCUUAGGGCUCUUCCCACCAAAAAAGCUAGGCUUUGGCUGCAUUCAGACAGCAUCUUUAGUCCAUUUUUCCUGUUUACCAGGUAAUUUCUGCGUUUCUAAGGGAUAAUCCUAUAAGAGGCAAAAGACAGUUGUGGGAAAACGUUGUGGCCUAGUGGCAAUUUAGUGCUCAUUUCCAUGUUAAUUGUUUCCAGGAAAUUUCUGGCUUGGAGCCCCAUUAACCAGGAAACUUGUGGGAGUGUGUUGUGUUGCAAUUUCAGGUGAAGGAAUUUGGGGCGGCAUCCUUAGCAUACAGGUCUUUCCUGUUGUUUGACAUUUAGCUUGGCACGGCAGCACUAUCUAUCGAUCAAAGAGCCACAGCAGCUGGUAUUAGGAACAUCAGAAAUCCCUAGUAAACAGAAGCCCUAGUAAAAUUAAUGCAAUAAACCCCACCUCACAAUGCAGCCAGAUUCUCACCCUCCCCAUGGGGUUAAAUACUGAAAACGCGACGGCGCUACACUGGUUGCGGUUUGGUUUAGCCUAUUGAAUUUAUUAGGUGCCUUUUUCUACAUAUAAAAAUGGCACAAGGCACCCUUGACAACAAAUCCAUUGCUCAUUGGGGUUCAUUUAACAGAAAUGCUUGGGUAGGGAGGGAAAAGGUUGAUUCAUCCUUGGGAAAGGGAACAGGCCUCAUCAGUAACAUUGUCAUUUUGGAAUCAUGGGGAUGUGAUGAGCAUGAAGUGGGGUUGGGGGAAUAGCCUUGCUUCUUCCUCAGAAACUUAUGGGUGGCAAUGAAAGAGGGAAGGUGAGCCCCUUCUGGUAAGUUAUGUAGGAGGAAGGCCAAGCCGGCCAGGGCAGAUUUCCCAAGGAGCAUUCACCCCUUCGGGGUUCUUUACCUCCUGUGAAACUGUAGUGAAACUGUAGGGCCAACAACAAACAUGUCUUUUCCUGCAUUACGUUUAUACCCCAACAUGGAAGCCGAGGCUCCCACGUGGUCCUCCUUCCAGGUACCAACCAGACCCAGACCUGCUUAGCUUCAGCAAGGCGGUAGCCUCACGUGCCUUAAGACCAGUGCUACUUUUCUAGAAAAAGAGGUGCUGGAACUCACUCUGAACACCUCCCUUGUUCUCUUAGAAUGGCAAUGGUGCCCACCUGAGAGGUGCCACCUGAGUUCUGCCUGGAAAAAGCUCUGCUUCAGAGCAUUCCCUUUUCCCUCGGGAGAGUUCUCUUCCUCCGCCUGUCUUAACUUUGUCCAGUGCCUUUACUGUCCCUGAGUGACUCAGGAGUAAGUUUACAUGUGUAUGUGUAUAUAUAUUUUGUUCACAAAGAUGUCUGAUCUCUGAAUAAUUAUUUCUGGUUUAAUACCUGUAUAAAAACGUGCCCUCUCGUGCUAAAUGAGGGGUCGGUGUACUUUAUUACGCUUUAUUAAAAAGACAACCUGAGUUCCGGAUAAUUCGUGCUGAUUAGCUGUUUCGGGGUUUUGCAAAUAAAACGUUUUAAGUGUGUUGUAAAGUGCAUUAUACAAAUGUGACACUAGAUGGCGAUUGUGAGCUAUGGCAAAUUCAAUAUAUAUUUUUCAAAACAAUUUUUUAAAAGCAUCUUCAUGACUUUUUUAUAUGUGUCUAGAUUCCACCCAGGUGGCACUGUGGUUAAACCACUGAGCCUAGGGCUUGCUGAUCAGAAGGUCGGUGGUUCAAAUCCCUGUGACGGGGUGAGCUCCCGUUGCUUGGUCCCAGCUCCUGCCAACCUAGCAGUUCGAAAGCACGUCAAAAAUGCAAGUAGAUAAAUAGGAACCGCUACAGCGGGAAGGUAAACGGUGUUUCUAUGUGCUGCUCUGGUUUGCCAGAAGCGGCUUUGUUAUGCUGGCCACAUGACCUGGAAGCUAUACGCCGGCUCCCUCGGCCAAUAAUGCGAGAUGAGCGCGCAACCCCAGAGUCGGUCACGACUGGACCUAAUGGUCAGGGGUCCCUUUACCUUUAGAUUCCACCC